AUGAUUCACGAAAUUAGACUAAAGAGAAAACAGACUAUACCUAACUUUGAUAAAACGAAUAAGACGUUAAGAAGUGUAGAAAUUUGGGGAAAAGCAGCUAUAGGGGAAUAUCUAUGGCGCCAUGUCUUUAACGAAACAAUAAUAAACAAGAUUGAUGAAAGAGGAGCAGUUUCAGUUGGAACUGAUAUUAUCAACGAUGUCGGAUUUAAGUUUUUAUCCGGCCCUGGAAUUAUACAACAGAAUUCGGGCAAGGAUUCAGAGAAUGUAAUUCUGAUUCUUAAUGGGCGUUCGUCUGACAAAAUUAAAUUUGCGAAGACGUGGUUAGAGCAUUUACCUUCAUUAAAGAAAUUACGAAAUGUUGCUCUGGUAAUGCUAGGUAACGAAAGGUGUGACAAUAAAUGGAUAGAUCCAUAUGUAAAUGACAAUCGCUACAAAGUAAGGAUUGUCCACCUCGUUUAUGAUGAUCCUAGAAUAGACCAACAGAAAUUCUAUCAAUGGCCCCUAGGUGUUGCGACGUAUCGUGGAUUUCCUCUUGUUAGUUCGAUGGAAGUAGAUAUAACAAGCCAAAGAAGGUAUAUCUGCAACUUUUUAGGGACAGUUUAUAACAAUUCGACAAGACAGAAGCUACAAGAGAUUUUCUUAAAGAAUUCACUUGGUGACAUAUGUUAUUCUAACUUUCGUCCAAGGUGGCUAUCUAUGGAAACUAAAGCCUCUUCGCUUUUAUAUCAAAAGGUUUUACGCCAAAGUGAUAUAACACUCUGUCCGAUUGGGUUUAAUAGUGAAACGUACAGAAUUUAUGAGGCAUGCUCUUUAGGUUCUAUUCCAGUGAUAGAGGAUGUUGUUGCACCAGGGAAUUGUGACAGCAGUUUAAGUUCUAGUCCAUUUCGCUUGUUGAAAAAGCUAAAGGCGCCUUUUAUUUUCAUAAAAGAUUGGUCAGAAUUGCCAGCGAUAAUAAGAAAGGAAAGUGCUAUGUCUGAAAAUGAUAAGAUAAUAAGGAGAAAACUAUUACUUCAUUGGUAUCACAGUUUUAAAAUUUAUUUGCGGAAUCAUUAUAUUAAGACUAUUAAGGAGAAUUUUUUUUAG